UGGCAUUUCUUUAUUCAACAUAUAUUAUUAUCUAUUCAAUUGCAAAUCCACUUCUUGGUAGACAUAUUGAUUAUGUUUAUAAUACACGUGGAACUGUUCAAUCUGCACUUAUUUAUACAGCGGCUGUACCAUUAACAAUUACUGUUAUAGUAAUGUUUGCUGCAACAUUUAUUCCAAAAGGUGCUAUUGCAUUUAAUCCAGUAUUGAUUGAUGAAGAUGAAUCCAUUAUUACGAAUGAUAAUAAAGAAAAAUUAAAUAUGAUAUCUAAUACAAAUAUUGAUCAUGAUAAGAUUCAAAAGCAAGAUAUUUGA